AUGGAUGAUUUGGAUGAGGAGUUUGAAAUAUUAUUUGGUGAUACUUCAUCUUCAUCAAGCGAGGAAUUAAUUGGUCAAGUUCUCAUGGCUAAUCAAAUACAUGAGAUGCAAAAAUCUCAACAGAUUAGACGACCACUGCGCACUUCAGAUAUAUCUUUAUGUCGUCGAUUAGUUGAAAUGGAAGUCAUAGAACAUGACAGGGUAAUUAGUGUUGAAGAAGUUGUUGUCAUGUUUCUAUGGAUAGUAACACACAACCAACGAGUUAGGACUGUGGCCGAAAGAUAUCAACAUUCAGUAGAAACUGUUUGUCAUCAGUUUGGCAGAGUGCUAGAUGCAUUGUGUUAUUUAGGAAAUGAAGUAAUAAGGCCUCUUCACUUUAACACUGUGCAAGUAGAAAUUCAAAAUAAUUCGAAGUAUUUCCCAUGGUUUAAGGAUUGUAUUGGAGCAAUUGAUGGUACUCAUGUAAGUGUAGUUGCACCAGCUCUAAAACAACUUGCAUAUAGAGGAAGAAAAGUAAAUGUAACACAAAAUGUAAUGGAUGCAUGCACCUUUAAUAUGAUGUUUACUUAUGUCUACGUUGGAUGGGAAGGAACAACUAAUGACUCUCGAGUGCUUCUUGAUGCAAUUAGAAAAGAUGAUAACUUUCCCAUGCCACCACCAGGUCUUAAAUUACACUUGUCUUGA